AUAAAGAUCAAAAUUUGAAUUAACAGUUCUUAUGAAUAUUUCAGCCACUGUGAAAACAGAAAAACACGGAUAAUUUAACUCAAAGAGACAUAGGUGUAAGCAGAUCAAGAUGGUUGAACCGAAGCGUAAAAGAUCAAAUGACGAGGCCUGUGAAGUAGAGGAAAAGAAGCCGAGGUUAGAAAUACCUGGUGCUCACUUGUCCGGAAACAGUGUCACGCUCAUCCCCGAUGACGCUGAUCUCCCUGAAAGCAGUUCAGUAAGUGACGGUCCCGAGAACGUCCACCAACAGACUGUGGUAAAGCAUGUCGAUUCAACUGGUGUGGAGAUCAAUGUCUAUGGCGACGAAUCAAAACCCUGCAGAGAGAUAUCAAUAGAGUGUUUGAAUACUGAAUCUAAAUGCUCAACUUUGGAUGCAGCUGCCGUAUGUAUACCGCGCACCACACGCACCUUGUCAGAAGACCCCGACGGCAAAUAUACACACAUUGAGAUAUCUAAGAGCACGUGGUCUCUGAAUGACCAGAAGUUUGUCGUCGUAGAAGAUGACGUGGUUCUGGAUGUGGAAGAAAUGUCCGGAGAAAAUGUCCUUCUGCAUUCGUCAAAUAUUAAGCAAUCUGAUGUCAAGGAUGAUGUCGAGAAAAUUGCCAUGGAUGAUGUCGAGGAGGUUGUCAAGGAUGGUGACGAGGAGGUUGCCAAGGAUGGUGACGAGGAGGUUGCCAAGGAUGAUGUCGAGAAUGAUGUCAAGGAUGAUGUCGAAAAUGAUGCCAAGGAGGAGCAAGAUGUGAGCGACGAUAUAGAUUCGUCUUUGCAGGACGUCGAAAAAAACAUCGAUCGUGAAGACGACCAGCAUCAUGUUGACGACCAUACAGAAGAAAUACUCAACAACGACAUCAACGUCAACGAAACAAUGAAUAAAACAACAGUAGCGCUAGGGUCUACAGAGACCAAGGAUGACGAUGUUCAGAUCGACUCGACAUUGCAGUAGGACAGUGAGGAGUCUGAAGAACAUAAAUUUCUGUAUCGGUUACUAAGACCAAAUGAAGAAUAUAAGUCAGGUAUUUUACCUAAGAGCAGCAGCUCCUGUACAACUGUAGAGAUACAUGUCGCGUACGGUUCAAGCAGCGAUAUAAAGUCCAAAUAUGUAUCUUGUUCAAAGUCACUUGAUUCAGUAAAAAAAUUUGCUCGGGGAAUUAGAAAAACUUGGCGUUCCGAAAUGAGGUAUAUUGUGGAGAUCAAUCGCACCUUGCUAGGCGAUGACGUUGAGGAAAUCGACCUCAUGCAGGACGAUGUGCGAAGAGUUCACCUUGAAUCUCCAAGAUCUGAAAGAAAUGCUCGCAGAUUUAAUGAAGUAUUAUUGGCACCACGAACGUGUGUGCCUUCUGCGAGCAUCAGGAAAAUUGCAAAUGUGCAACAUGGCACUAUUACCCACUGCACCAUUGCAUGAAAUGAAGAACUUUGAUUUCUAUGUCUAAAAACUUCAAGUUCUAGAAAUUUCUUUUCUAAUUUCAAGUUCAAGCAAUCAUCAGUGAGUCAUCGUUAUAUUCUGAUGUCAACAUAAAUUUAUUUCAUUUACCGGUAUAUUUCAGGGACGGAUCCAGGGGUUUUUUUAAGAGGGGAGGGGGGGGGGGGUCUACAAUUAAUUUUGGCUUCCAAAAUACGUUAUAUUCUUUUAAAAAAUAUUCUGACGAAUUUACAACGCCCGGACCCCCUCCCUCUGAAUCCGCCACUGUAUUUUCCGUCUUAAAAAGGUUUGGUGUACAACAGUAACCCAAGUGUGCGAUGGUUUUUUUUCCAAAUGUGUUUCAGUCUUUCACACAUUGAUAGUUUUCUGUCUUUAGCUGGGGAAAGUGGUAUCUGAUAUUGAAAGCUAAUCCUGUGAUACAAAUGUACUAAUAUAAAUAUAUAUGUGAUAAGUUAUGCAAUCAUGAUGAUGAUGGAUUUUUUUUCCGUCGAAUUUUAUGAGCUAAUAAUUUGAUUGACAAAAUGUGUUGCUACACAUGCAAGACACAAUAAACUUGGUGUGAUACAAGGGAUUUACAGUGUAUUGUCUUUUUUUUUUUAAAUUGUGAUAGCUUAUUGUGGUGUGUUACUUCCCAUGUUUUACCUGCAUGUUAAGUGCAAUUUUUAUUUAUUUAUGCAUUUUAUUCAUUUCUUCCUAUUUUGUUAUACAUUUUGAGAUGUGAACCAGAUUUAUAACUUUCAUUUUGGUUAAAAACAACUUCUAAGAUUGAAAUGAAAUUCACUCAGUUAAA